AUGGCCGCAGAUGAGCCGACCUCCCCCAAGAAGCCAAAGAGUGUCCCUGAGCCAGAGCCCAGUGUUAUGGAAUGUGAAGCCACCUCUCCCCUGCCCUCCGAAUGGACCUCAGUGAGGAUCAGCCCUGGGGGGGACACGGUUGGGCAGGAUGUGCUGGCUGUGCGUGUCCUGGUCACCAGUGAUGACACCAGCUCCGAAACAGAGUCUGAGUGUGGCAACGAGACCUCCUGUGUAGAGCCCUGCGAGGAGAGACCCCAGCAGCUGGAACCCUCACCCCUACCAAAGCCCCUCACCCGGCCCAUCUCCCUGCAUAAGGCCCUGACUAAGGCAGUCUCUCCACAGUGCCCUGACGAGUCCGAAGCUGUGCAUGCUCUGAAACAGGCCAAUAGCUUCCAGUCUCCAACUCUAAGCAAGUACACGAACUGGAGAAGAAAAUUCCAGUCAAAUUUGACACCAGUGAACAACAAAAGAACUGUCUUACCUCCAGAGGAAACUUCUCUUUCUCCCUCUUCAUUGUCAUCUUCCUCAUCAUCUUCUGCUUCAGCCAGCAUUGCAAGCAGUACUUCCAAUGUUUCUUCCUCACCUCAGGUAACAGCUUACAGCCGCCCCUCACAAGUCUCAAGAGAUCAUUUCAGUCCCUCCAGAACAGUCUUUUUGGGGCAAACCAGAGCCCAAGGAGCACCCAAGGAAAUUCCCCUGGACCUGCCUCAUCACGACGUCCUAGGGCAGGCAGAAUACUGCCUCGUGAGUCCUGGUGAAGAUGGCCUUACAAGCCCCAGGCCACACAGCCCUGGAAUGAUAGGUUCUGAUGAGUGUCAAGAAGUGGAGGCUUCUUUUGGGGACUCUAGAAGCAUCCAGAGAGGUCCACACCCCUUUGGAAGGAAGGACAGCUGUUUGACAGACCAACAUCUAACUCUCAAGGCUGGAAAGGACACAAGAGAAAGGAGUACUGGACCCAGGAGAGGAGAGGGAGGGUCAGAGAUGACAGAGGAGAAAAAGUCAGGCUUAAAGAAGUUAGUCCUCACCCAGGAGCAGAAGACCAAGUUCCUGGAUUGGAGUGAUGCUAUCUCAGCAGGCUUGCAGUUUGACGUUGGGGAGCAACCUUCCCAGAAAAGUUCUGAGAAUAAUAGAGGAAAUAGAGUCCUGAAACCAGUCUGCCCCUUGACACUUCCUCAGGCAACUAAAGAGACACUGUCAUCACACAAAAGCACUCAGGAGAAGGUGGGGACCCUGGUUGAACAGGCUUCAGGAGAACCAAGUGUGUCUCCACCCAAGUCCCCCCUGUGGCUCAUAGCAAAUGCAAUCCGAAGGUCCCUGGAGCCCCUCCUGCCCAACUCUGAAGGUGGGAAGAAGAUCUGGGCUAAGCACAAAUCAAAGAUUUUGCCCACCAGCCAGCCACACACCUGUACUCGUUCAUUCAGCUUGCGGAAAACCAAUUACAAUAAAGACUGGGACCAACAGUCCCAAGGGAGAGACAUGACAAGAAGGGCCUCCUCCUUCUUCUCUCUGGGAGCCCUUACUGCCAAGGCUUCCCAGCCCUCAGACCUUAGCCCUCCUGACCCUGCCGUCUGCACCCAUAGUUUGCCCAACCAUUCAACCAAGAUCUUUCCUGAGCCUGUGUCCCCACCCUGCAGCAAGAUAGAAGACGUCCCCACCCUCCUAGAGAAAGUGAGUUUGCAAGAGACUUUGCCACAUGCUUCUAGGGUACCAAACAGAAGACUCUCCCUCUUUUCCUCCCUGAGACUCAAAGACAAAUCUUUGGAGAGUUUCCUCCAAGAAUCCAAACAAAGAACAGACUUCAAGGACCUCCUUAGCAGCUGCAAGGGGAAGGUACUGCCUGUGGACAAUGCCCACUCCCUGGAGAAGCUGGUGCAGCCUCUCAGUAACACAUCCCUGGGGCAAGUGGGCCACCCUCCUCCUGCAGGAAACUCAAGGCCCAAGCACAUCCCCAAUCAAGCACAGGUGACAGAGACUGACUCCUCCCUCUCUUCCUCCACCUCCUCCUCUGCAGAUGAAGAAUUUGAUCCCCAGCCUUCCUUGCAGUCAAAGGAGAGGAAGACACUUAGAAGACAAAAGAAACUGGAAAAAGCAACAAAGCAACUAAUUAAGCAAGAAGAGUUGAAAAGACUUCAUAAAGCUCAGGCCAUCCAGAGGCAACUGGAAGAGGUGGAGGAGCGGCAGAGGGCGUUCGAGAUCCAGGGUGUGAGGCUGGAGAAAGCACUGAGAGGAGAAGCAGAUUCAGGCACACAGGAUGAAGCUCAGCUUUUGCAGGAAUGGUUUAAGCUGGCUCUGGAGAAGAAUAAAUUAAUGCGAUAUGAGUCGGAGCUACUGAUCAUGGCCCGCGAACUAGAAUUAGAAGACCAUCAAAGCAGACUGGAGCAGAAAUUGAGAAAGAAAAUGCUCAAGGAGGAGAGCCAGAAAGAUGAGAAUGAUCUAAACGAGGAGCAGCAAAUACUCACCAAGAUGAUGCAAGUGAUUGAGCAAAGGGACAAACUUGUAGAUUCCUUAGAGGAACAACGCAUCAGAGAAAAAGCUGAAGACCAGCACUUUGAAAGCUUCAUAUUCUCCAGGGGCUGCCAGCAGAGCAGGACAUGAGCACACCCACAACCCUUGUCCCUCUCAGCAAGCUGAGGACUGGCGGAUCAGGCCAAGCAUACCUCACACUCUCAUAGUUCCUUUUGCAGGGUUUAGCAUACCUAGAAUUUAAAUUAUACCCUACUGCAAUUUUUUUAAAGAAAUUAAAAUGCUCUUAUAUGUGCUACUGCUGCCCAAGAUCCUCCAGAGAUUUUAAUGAAGAAAAUACAAAGACUGUUUUGAAACUGGCAACCAAGUCAGCAGGCCUCUCAAAUUGAAAGUGUCCUUGGCAGCUGACCAGCAUUGUUUUCCCUGGAAAGUGACACAGAGACUUGACUGUCCUGCUGCUUGUGUAAUUUUUUGCCCAAUUCAUUGAGUUACACAUCUUAAGAUUUUCAAGAAGCCUCUUUUUCAUAAAUAUAUCCAUAUUUGCCUUUUUUGCGUGGAUGACCGGUUUCCAAAUGUCAGCAAGAAGCAGCAGCAGUUUAAAGAUUAGGUUAAUAUUUAAAUUGUGUUUCCAGAGAAAGAGAAGAAAUCUUGAGAUUACUGAUUACAUAAAGCAAAUAACUCAUAUAGCAGGUGUUAAUUCAAUCCAGGGUAUUCAAUUCAUGAAUUUAAUUUACCAGGCGUACUUAUAAGCCUUAAUAUAAUAUACAUAAGCAAUGAGAGUUUAAUAGAACAUUUGAGCCUUAAUUUUACUUUUAAAAAAGAAACAAAAAGAGGAAAGGGAGAAAAAAAAACUUCCAAAAACUGUUGACCUAGAAAUGCUUUUUGUUCCCAUAAGCACUCUGCUUAUGGCCCCUGGAACAGAAUGAAAAGCAUUUUUAGAAAAUGCAUAAGUUUGAAAUGCUUUUCUGUAACUGUUGGUGACAUGAAAAGGGAAGUUCUUCCCGUUCAUUGAUAAAACAUUGGUGAGGUUGAUGCUGCUACUAAAAACGAACACACUAGUGGUACAAAGCGAGGACUGUUGCUUAGACGUGGCCUUCUGAGGCCCCAACGGAGGAGAAGUGCCUGAUAUUGUCUGCAGGGACUGCCCGGGAACUGGACGGAACGAGGACAAAACCACUUCUGACUUCAAGGUGGAGCCGAGUGCAGUGACCCCAUUUACCAAAUUCCAAAUUAGGUCAUGUUUUUUAUUUUUUAUUUUUAAUAGCAUUUUUAAUGUGAAAAGAAAACAGGGAAAUGGAGUUUGUGCACUGACAUGUUGGACAUUCUGGGAUGUUUUGAUGGUUCUAUCUGAAGACCACAGAAGAGAAGAUUUAAAAUGGUGACCUAUUGUCGUAAAGUAUUUGAUCGUGUUCCCCCGAACGGGAUUAUUUGAAGAUUCAAUUUGGUCUUGUCAAGAGAGAGACUGAAGAACUUAUGUAUUUGACCGCUCUCAUUUCUGCAAGUAUUUAAUGCGUCAUUAGACACAAGGUGCUUUCUAAUGGUUGGCUCCGACUUGAGACCCAACUUUCCUCAACGUAAGUUUACCCCUGCACCACUUCUGUCUGAGAUGCUGGCUAUACACACUAGCAAGCUGGAAAUCAGAAGCAUAACUGGUUUUCCCCUAAGUCAGCCAUGGUCUGGGUGGUAUUUAAAUGCAACCUUCCCAUGGUUUACCAAGUUCUGAAGGUUGGAGCUCUUUUCGCCUUCCUUCUUCUUCUCUUCUCUCUCUUUUUAAGAAUCAGGUCUUCUAGUGCCUGAUUCUUCUUAUUAGGGAAUAUAUAUACCUGUACCAUUUCUGGCUAUUUAUCUAUUUUUAUUUAUUUGUAUGUUUGAUGCAAAUUGCUAAUAUGAUUUCCUCCUAAUUGUGGUUUUCCUGUGUUAUAAUUUGGAGAAGAUGUAUUAGCACUCAGAUAUUGGUAUAUAAGCUAUUUAAUAUACAAAUAACCCAGACGUGUGGGGGAGUGAGUUGUAUAGUAUUAAAGAUUUUUGGAGAUAGUCAAAAGAAUAUUUUCAACCAUCAGGCAUUGAGGGAAAGGUUAUGGGUGCACAGGAAUGUUAACCCACUUUAAGAAGGAGAUAUAACUUCAGUUUUCUUUCUAGAAUAUUCAGAAUUAUUCAAGCCCAGCCUUUUCUGUCAGUUACAUAAAGUGUACCAUCUGAUGCUGCAUACAUAUAACGGUUGAUGCUCAGAUGCAUAGUGUCUGGGUUGUUAUUGUGCAAAAGAAUUAAUUGCCACUUAUUUUAAUUUGUUCUGCUUCCACAUGAAAGGAAGAUUCUCUCUAGAGGGCCAAGAAAGAAGGUGGUUCUUGGCCCUAGUAUUCUGUUAAUAGAUGAGAGAAGCAAUGUGUUCACUUUCUCUUCCAAAGACUCCUCUGUGGUUUAAGGCUCAGUCUUAUCUGGCCACAGUGAAACACAAACCUCAUACUUACAGUCUUCUGUUUAUACUGCUUUCUGUUUUACCAGUACGUAAAAACCAUUUCAAUGACCGUUUCCCAAAGGAAACAAGUAUUGUGGCUUUAGAGCUAUUUAAAAUGAUUCCAUCCCUUAUUCACAAUAGAAAAUGUUCUAAGACCCUCAAAAUGCAAACUAUUGUACAUUUUGAAGACAGUCUCUUUGAUGCAAUAUGAGUAGUAUGAUGAAAAUGGACUGCCCCCUAAAAGAAUGUGAAUGAGAGUAUGGCUGAAGAACUUAGGACUCUGAAUGGGACAUAGAGCUCCAGCAUUAGGUCAUAUUUCAUAGUCAUUCUCACACAACUUCUGAGUUAAAGCAAAGGGCUUAGAGUAGUUGUAAGUUUAGAAUUUUACAUAAGUUGAACCCAAAGAACAGUUCUUAAGCGUGCUCUCCCAAACCAUUCCUUCACUGAUCUAUUUGUUCAACAAACAUUCUCUGAAUGCCCAUGUGGUUCUGUAGCCGUGUGCUAGGUGUUGGGACACAGAAAGAAUAUUAGCCCUCCACUCCACUCUCCCAAAUAAAUACAAAGAACUACUUUUAUUAUAAGCGUCAACCCAUUCAACAUUUUUCUCAAGCAUAAAGACUUAUAUUCCUAACUAUUGUAGUGCUCCGUUGACAAUAAAGAGAAGUUCGUGUUUCUAAAACGGUGAAAAAUAUUAGGUUGUACUGUUUCAUUUAAACCUUGACUUUAGCAGUGUUAGGCUGCUUGGAAUCAAUCAAUGCUGAGAUGCAGCAUGUUAAUUGCAAUUGAGAAAGCAAGUGGCAGGUGUUUCCAACUCUGAUGAGCUGCAAUGAAAUUGAUGUUUUCUGUAUUCUGGAGGCAAAUGACAAUUCAGCAACAUCCCUCUUCCCAGGAAGCAGAUUUACAGGUUUUUCCUUUCAAACUGAAAAUGGCAGCAUGCCCCACCCAGGUGGUUGAUCUGAGAGCUGCCUCAGCAGGGCAGAGGUGGCAGGGGGGAACUGGGGCCACCACACGAACAGAGGGAGCUGCAGCCAUUGGAUGUGGUGAGCUCAGAUGUAGGAUUUUAUUGUAAUAAAAAGGUUCACAUACAGAGGAAAGUGUACAAUUUCACCUACUGUUUAUCUUGGAGCCUCACUGCUGAGUAGCUUGUAAAAGAUUAAUUUGCUGCCACAUUUGGGAACUAUUCAUGGGGAUUGAAAUGUGUUGUAUGUGCACUGCUACAAAUGCUGAAAUGAACCAAAAAUAAAUGGUUUUGUGUCUCAGGAAUCAAAACAUUUUCAUGUGGGCUUGGUCUGGCACCUCUGAGGGCAGCAACCAUUUCAUUUUUCAUUCUUCUGAGAGAAAGGGCUUGGGCAAAGCUUUGGUUUCAUGUGGGAGUCUAAAUUAACGUUGGACGUUUUAUGCCCACUGGAGCACCUGGUGGGACUUACCUGGCCCGCAAAUUGUGUGCAAAUGGAGGAGGAGCUAAGACGACUCACCUCAGGUGUAUUUUUUCAACAAAGGCGGCUAUUUGCAGGGAUGAGGAAGGGGAGGGGUGGAGCCUGCCCUGGUCGAAGCCCUCCUCGUUUCUCUUGCCUUCCCACCUGAGCCUGGUUUCUUAUUCCUUCACUCAAUAGGGAUGCUCCCUUCGGCACAGAACUGGCAUCUCCUCCUUUAACUCACACUGUUUCAGGAAUAAGUUACUAUUUUUUUUCUAUCUUACCCCCAGGAUGUGCAAAGUUAUAAAUGUGAGUGCAUAAUAUUGCAGAAUUGCCAUCAAGUGGUCAGUCCCAGAAAGUUCCCAUAAUUUUACACUAAAUUCAUCCUACUGUUUGAAAGCUUUUGUCUACUGAUCAAAUAUUUGUAAUGAUUUAUUUUUCCAUUUAAUAUCAAUAAAAACGUGUAUAGCUGCAGGUAAGAGCUCCUGUUCUGCAGGUGCUAACAUGCCGAGCAAAGAGCUCUAAGGAACAUCUGGCCACCUUCAACGGGUGCUUCUGUGCUUUGCAGGUUUUCCUUGGGCCCACACUGAGACUCAUCUGCCCUCCUCCUGACCACAGAGCCACAGACUCUCCGCCUUUCUCCACCAGUCAGCUACAGCUCACCAUCCCUAAGCCUUCAAUGCGUACUUGGUAAUUUCCUGCUCAUGCCCUGUCCAUGCUCAUUUCUAGAAAUAAUAAGAGCAAAGCCAUGCCAUCCCAGCUCCCUGAGAAGCCUCUCUGACCCUGAUAACAGUAACCAGACACUGUGAAUUCAGCUUUCCUCACAUGCCAGGGGCUCUGAAAGUGAAUUAUCCCAUUUAAUCCUGAAAGCAAAAAUCUUAAGUUAAACAUUAUCCCUAUUUUUAGAUGACAAAACUGACACCCAAAGAGGCUGAGUAACUUACUUACGGUAGUGAAAUGGGUUGGAUCUCAUGUUGGCCUGCUGGGCCCUGGUCCACCAUGCUGCUGGGCCUCACCUUGUGCUUACCUGUCCCCUUCCUUUUUUCCUAGCUCUGUUCCCAUAGCCAUCCUUCCCCUAACAUGCCAGUGCCCAUUCCUACUCGGGAAAUCUGGGAAUAUAAACCAAAGCUGUCACCUUGAGUGUGGUGUUUUGUGUUUCCUUCUAUACUACAUCUGCAUAUACCCUCUAACAUGAAAAUUAUCUAGCCUCCCCCAGUUCACCUAAUAAUCUUUCAACAAACAUAAUACUCUAGGAAGAUGCAUCUUGUUUCUCCUGAGUGAUUAAGUACCCCUAAAACACUGCCAUGGAUCCCUUCCCAGGGAAUUUUUUGCCCCAAAUCAAGAAGCAUGACACCACAUGAACAA